AACACCGUGAGGGACUGUGCUCUGCACGCGCGGCUCUCUGGGCGAAAAGGAGUUUGGAUCACUCCGCCGGGGCUUUAACGUGAACUAGAGCCCCAGACGGAGUAGCGGGCAGGCUGCUGUUGGUGCCCAGUCCCGGGACUAACUAACGCUGAUUCCUCCACUACCGUGGAGCUCCACAGGUACUCUGAUCUGAGGUUUACCGGGAUCUGUGUGUCUUGUGUUCGGAGCACGUCGCUGUGUUGGGACGCGAUGUCCUGCCCUUGCCGCCUCCUGCUGGUUCUGCUAAUUCUGCUGGUUCACGACCCUCCGGCUCAGUCCAGGCCAGCCACAGAGGACACGCACACAGCAGAGGCAGUGAAAUCCUCCGAAGACGAAGAAGAUGAUGAGUCUUCGUCAGAGGAAAACAAGCUGUCCGACGAGCUGUCGACGAGCAGCGAGAAGCUGCAGCAGCCGCUGGAGCCACAGUGGGUGACGCCAGACAAGAUGGAGAAGCUCCUUCACGCCGUUCCUGCCAGCACGACGGUGAGGUUUCGAUGCCAAGCAAUGGGAAACCCGCUUCCCUCCCUGCGCUGGUACAAGAACGGGAACGAGCUGAGGAAGGACCAACGAAUCGGAGGCUACAAGAUCAGAGACCACAUGUGGACUCUAAUAAUGGAGUCAGUGGUUCCUUCUGAUAAAGGGAACUACACCUGUGUGGUGGAGAAUGAAUAUGGAAGCCUGCGACACACUUACCAGCUGGACGUAGUCGAGCGCUCUCCUCACAGGCCCAUCCUGCAGGCCGGGCUGCCGGCCAACCAGACGGCAGUGGUUGGCAGCAACGUGGAGUUUGUGUGCCGCGUGUUCAGCGACCCACAGCCUCACAUCAAGUGGUUCAAACACAUCGUCAUCAACGGCAGCAAAGUGAGCCCGGAUGGACUGCCCUACGCUCGUGUUCUCAAAAGUGCCAACGUGAAUACCACGGACAGAGAGAUGGAGGUGCUGAAUCUGAGGAAUGUAACUCUGGAAGACUCUGGAGAGUACACCUGCAUGGCCGCAAACUCCAUUGGGGUGUCGCACCACUCUGCGUGGCUCACUGUGGUCAAUGACCCUCCGCCCUCCCCACUGACCUCGCAGGCGUACCUGGAGAUCUUCAUCUACUGCCUUGGGUUUUUCAUCAUCGUCGUCCUCACCGCCACGGCAGUCAUCUGCAGGCUCUGCUGUGCCCCGAAGAAAAGUGACUUCAGCAACCAGCUGGUCGUGCAGAAAUUAGCCAAGAGCAUGCCUCUAAGGAGACAGGUGAGAAGACAGGUGUCAGUCGAGUCGUCGUCCUCGCUGCAGUCAGGGAUGUGUUUGAUGCGUCAGUCUCGUCUCUCCAGCGCAGCCACCACCGUCCUGUUGGGCGCCUCGCAGUACGAACUUCCCUACGACCCUGCGUGGGAGCUGCCUCGUGACCGGCUGACUCUGGGGAAGCCUCUGGGCGAAGGCUGCUUUGGUCAGGUGGUUCUGGCCGAGGCCAUCGGGAUCGACAAAAACAAACCGACACGGGUCACCAAAGUCGCCGUGAAGAUGCUCAAAGCUGAUGCCACGGAGAAGGAUCUGUCUGACCUCAUCUCUGAAAUGGAAAUGAUGAAGAUGAUCGGCAAACACAAGAACAUCAUUAACCUGGUGGGCGCCUGCACGCAGGACGGUCCUCUCUACGUGGUGGUGGAGUACGCUGCGCAGGGUAAUCUGAGGGAGUAUCUGCGAGCUCGCCGCCCAGUCGGGGCAGAGUACUGGAGCGGCUCCAGGCAGGCGUCGCUGGGCAGCCUGGAGGUCAGGGAGCUGGUGUCGGCAGCGUACCAGGUGGCCCGAGGGAUGGCAUACCUCGCAUCAAAGAAGUGCAUUCACAGAGACUUGGCGGCCCGGAACGUUCUAGUCACUGAAGACAGCGUAAUGAAGAUCGCCGACUUUGGUCUGGCUCGAGACAUCCACCACAUCGACUACUACAAGAAGACCACCAAUGGUCGGUUGCCAGUGAAGUGGAUGGCGCCGGAAGCUUUGUUUGACCGAAUCUACACACACCAGAGCGACGUCUGGUCCUUCGGGGUGCUACUGUGGGAGAUCUUCACCCUCGGGGGGUCUCCGUACCCCGGCGUCCCUGUCGAGGAGCUCUUCAAGCUGCUGAAGGAGGGACACCGCAUGGAGAAGCCAUCGGCGUGCCCUCAGGAGCUGUAUCUGAUGAUGCGGGACUGCUGGCACGCCGUCCCGUCCCGCAGGCCGACCUUUCAGCAGCUGGUCGAGGAUUUGGAUCGAACUGUCUCCAUCAUGGCCAACCAGGACUACCUGGACCUGGCCGUCCCUCUGAUCCAGUACACUCCAGUCCAGUACUCCCCGGUCAGCACCUCCUCCUCAGCUUACUCCUCUAUCUCCACAUAAUCCUCCCGGGAGCCAUUCUCCUUCCUGAAUCAUCUUCCUCCCAUUUCCUGCACAGCAGCGGUGGCGGUGGCCCUGGGAUGAGCUGCUUGGCUGCAGCCUGAUGUGAAGAACAGCUGGACUGAGCCGAGCUCAGGAAAUAGCACGGACUGACGAGACGUCCUCAGUGUGGAUAUUGUACAUAAAGUUUGUCUCAUCUGAGAAACGGGACAUGAAAGGGUGAAGGUGGGAGCGAGAGUCUGAAUCAAGCAAAGUGUAUAAAUUUGUAAAACUCAAAUCUCCCUGAUGCUCCUGAAUGCCUCGUUUAUGGAUUUUCUUUCUUGGAUCUGUAAAAUAACUGAUUAACAUAUUAAAAUAUCAGAGUUUUUAA